CUACCAAACAAUAACUAAGUCUAACAACAAGAAGUCAGUGGUGGUUCCUAGGAACAAAUAUGAGGGUUAUUAGUGCAUUUUCUUUCUAGAAUACUUAGUGAUGUCACUCACUCUUAUCAAGUCCUUCCAGCUCUUUGUCCGCUACCGGGUGGCUGCAGUACCAUUGGGGGUGAUCACCCCUCGCCAUGGAGAAAAACUGCCCGGGGGAGCCACCCAGCUGCUCCAGUUAUCGGUUUCAGCUACCCCCUCCCGACGACUCAGGGCCCAGAUCAGAGGUUGGGGACUCGGUUUGUGUGAGAAUUGAAUUAUGUAGCACUCAUUGCUUUCCUUCCGAAAUGCUGAGUGUGGACGCUAGGGUGCACGGCGUCAUCUUCCUCCCCCCACUGCCAGAUGCCAUGCUGGUAGAGCUGGUAGACACCACCCCUCACCUGGGGGAGAAGCUACCCGCGGGAAGCCACCCCGCUUCUGACAGCCCCCCCACCCAGGCGACUCAGGGCGUGAGGCAGAGGACGACUCACCCGAACUUCCCCAGGUCCAUUGCUCUUCAGAAGAGCUUAAGUAUUGGUUUGAGUAGUGAUGAAGUGAGAUGUGAUGGACAACGAUAGCAGCGAAGAUGAGGUUUUCUUUGGUCCCAUCACAAAUAAGGAGAAGUGUAUUGCUGCCAGAUAUCAUGGAAGGAAGACCCUCAUACUGCCACAACGUAAUCCACUUUACCGUCGCUGGUCCACAACACACAUCCCUAGUGCUCCUCCUGCAGGAGAGGUUGAUGCUACACCCAGUCAAUGUCCCAGCAUGACCACAGACGAUGAUGCUACACCCAGUCAGUUUCCCAGCACUCUUACAGAGGCUGAUGUCACAGCCAGUCAGUCAACCAACAUUCCCAUCAUGAUCACAGAAGCUGAUGUCACAGCCAGUCAAUCUCCCAGCACUCCCACAGAGGCUGAUUUCACAGCCAGUCAGUCUCUCAGCACUCCUAUAGAGGCUGAUGUCAUAGCCAGUCAGUCUCUCAGCACUCCUACAGAGGUUGAUGUCACAGCCAGUCAGUCUCCCAGCACUCCCACAGAGGCUGAUGUCACAGCCAGUCAAUCUCCCAGCACUCCCACAGAGGCUGAUUUCACAGGCAGUCAAUCUCUCAGCACUCCUAUAGAGGCUGAUGUCAUAGCCAGUCAGUCUCUCAGCACUCCUACUGAGGUUGAUGUCACAGCCAGUCAGUCUCCCAGCAUUCUCAGUACUCUUACAGAGGCUGAUACCAGAGUCAGUCAGUCUCCCAGCACUCCCACAGAGGUUGAUGUCACAGCCAGUCAGUCUCCCAGCACUCCCACAGAGGUUGAUGUCACAGCCAGUCAGUCUCCCAGCACUUCCACAGAGGUUGAUGUCACAGCCAGUCAGUCUCCCAGCACUCCCACAGAGGUUGAUGUCACAGCCAGACAGUCUCCCAGCACUCCCACUGAGGUUGAUAUCACAGCCACUCAGUCUCCCAGCACUCUUACAGAGGCUGAUGUCACAGCCACUCAGUCUCCCAGCACCCUUACAGAGGCUGAUGUCACAGCCAGUCAGUUUCCAAACACUCCUACAGAGGUUGAUGUCACAGCCAGUCAGUCUCCAAACACUCUUAUGGAGGCUGAUGUCACAGCCAGUCAGUCUCCAAACACUCCUACAGAGGUUGAUGUCACAGCCAGUCAGUCUCUAAACACUCCUACAAAGGUUGAUGUUACAGCCAGUCAGCCUCCAAACGCUUGCACAGAGGGUGAUGGCACAGCCAGUCAGUCUCCAGACACUCGCACAGAGGGUGAUGUUACAGCCAGUCAGUCUCCAAACAUUUGUAGAGAACCUACUAUUACUUCCAAUGGUGGUAUUCUUACAGAGACUAACUAUUGCUCCAGCAUGCAGGAAUGCUAUCCCACUGACUCUGACUGCAGUAUAUUGGUGCUUGAACACAGUUCCAUAGAGACUGAUUGCAACCUCAAAGAACCUCCUAGCCAACCCAGAGACUCUGAUUUUAUUCUUUCUGAAUCACAUAGUAGGUUGAAUAACCAAGAUGGUAGUCAUAAAGAACCUGUGAAGAAAGAAUUGGACAUGAAUCAUAUGGAGCUUCUCAACAGCGCCAGGAAUAGUAAUGACAAUUCAAUGAAGUGUGAGUCUUCGCCUACCAUCCUAACUUCUAGAUUCAAUGACACCCUAGAGGAAAUAGAACUCUUCAUGAAAUAUGGAAUGAAUUAUGGUGAGGAAGGGACAUCCUCCUUGCAAGGAUAUCAGAAACAUAAUAUAUCUCCAAGCCAUACUUCAAGAGGCCCUGAAUGUAAUCUAGAACCUUCUUACAUACCUAAAGAAGCUUCCAGUUAUAAUGUGCCUCUCAAUUGUUUAAAAAUGUCUUCUGGUAAGUUCAAGGAAUUUGAUUAUAACACCAGUGAACUAGACUGUAAAACCCAUGAGCCAGAUAGCAGUCCCUCUGUUUGUCCUCUGGAGUCUGUUAGCAGUCAUGAUGAGCCAAAGUGUUAUUCCAUGGAGCCUAUUGCUAGCCUUGAAAAGCCUUGUGAUGGACUUGAGGAGCUUAAUACUUCAACUUCCUUCCCUGUUUCUCUCAAAUUCAAUGACUUUCAAGAAUGUACCACCCCAAUCCAUAGCCAUAGCUCUAAUGACUUUCAUUCAUCACUAGAGUUCAAUCAAGCCUCAGCAAAUGUUGUUAAGGAAAAGAAAGGAAGAAAGAAACUCUGUAAGACACCAUUGCAAAAAGAAGGAAGCUCUCUGUGCUCAUCAUUGAGAGCCAGAACUCAGCAAGGCAGUAGUGUGUCAUCUUUAGCUAAGUCUGCUGCCCAGUUAAAACUGACCAAACACACCCAAAGAGUCACACCUACCUGUAGAACCCCACUUAGUCAACCUCAUUCACAGUCUUCAAAAGAAGGUCAUUUCACUACUGUAAAGAAAACUCCCAUUCUUAAAGUUGCUAAAUCUUUAUCUAAAAGCAACACACCAACCACCUCCAGGAUGCAUCAACCCCAAGCAUCACAAAUCAAACUUCACUUAGAUAGUCCUACAGUAACUCUUACUCCUCUGGCUCCAGGCCUCCCUCCACAUCCUCAGAGAAAGGGAGUUAUUGGCCAUUUUCCUCUUAAAAGAACACAAACCUUAUAUCCAGACAAAUAUGAUCGCCGGCCAGUGUGGCACAACAGUGUGGCCAGCCCAUUAGCUAAGGAGUUAAAAAAUAAUCCUCCACCACCUUUUGUCACUAACGUGAAAUCUAGUUCAUGUAGCUCAGGCAGAUGGCAACCAUCACCCUCCCGUUCCUGCCAGCCUAAUGUUCAGUCCCCACAUGGCUCAUCAAACAACUUUUCAAAAGGAGAGAAGAGUCAGAAGAUUGCAGCUGAAGGAACCUUAAGCACUCAUAUAUGUUUUAAUGGAAAAGAUGACCAGGUUCUCCCAGUAACAAAUUACAAGCCUGGAAAAUCAGUUAUCCUGGACAAGAAGAUGAAUAAGGAGAAUAUUAAACGUUCCUGUUGCAAGACUACUCCUAUAGUUGAAGCGAAGGUUGUAAAGCAUGCAGGCCGGCUGAAGGUUGCAAAGUGUCAGAGUGCCUACCAGAUUCGACAGAGUGGGCGUACCUCACUGAUGGAAGUGUCAAUCCACCAGGCUGUCUCCAGUGAUUAGUGGGCAUAUGCACACAGAUACUUUGUACACUUUUUGUAAUUGUCUAUCUGGAAAAAACAAGUAACCUGUGAUGUCAGACAGGAGAGAGUUAGCAUUUAUCUAUUGACUACAAUCACACUAUUAUGUAUUUCUUGUCUCUAAUUUAUUAUUAUUAUUAUUAUUAUUAUUAUUAUUAUCAUCAUUGUUUUUAUUAUCAUUACUAUUACUAAUCAUUAUCAUUACUACUACUACUAAUUAGUCAUAUGUUCUUUUUUUUAUCUACAGUGGAACCUUGGUUGCUAAAAGUCUACCUUUUUUAACAAAUUGUUUGCUGAAAGGAAUUUUGAGCUCAAAAUUGACCCAAUUCUCAUAACAUGGGAAUAUUUACAGGCAAACCAAUUAGCUGAUUUAUUGCUGAAAUAUGGCUGGACUCGGCACACACCCUGUGCUCUCUGUAGCACAUGUCCUCUAUCAAUUGAUUUUGUGCACCUCUCAGCUGGAAUAAACAAAGGAUUAUCUUUGCUGUAGUAACUGACAGCAAGAUGGCAUAUGCUGAUUUUCCUGACAACAUUUAUCAUUCAUCACUAGCUGUUCUAGAAUAGUUGAGGUGUCUCUGUGUUGCGAUCAGCUGUGAUGACGCCAGUAGCCAAUAUAGCGACCCAAAAUCUCAUGACUACAUAGACUUGCCAUACCAGAAAAACAUCUUGGAAGUUAUUUUUCUAGUUUUCUACAUUUGUAAUAAAGUCCUUAUUUUCAGAUUUUUCUUCAUGUGGGUUGAACAGUAGUGUUAUUUAAAAACUGCUUGGCAAGUCUUUUGUAUCCAUGAGCUUCUGCAAAAUAUUUAUUUGGGCUGCCAUAUUGGCUAAUGAUGAGAUCACAGUUGAUUACAACACAGAGGCACUUCACCUAUUCACCUAUUCCAGCACAGCUAGUGAUGCAUGAUAAACAUUGUCAGGAAGAUCAGCAUAUGCUGUCACUAUAACACUGACCAUCUUUUAUUUAUUGCAGUCGAGUCACAUGAAAGUGUUUGAUAGAGGAUAUGUGCUGCAGAAAGCAUAGGGGUGUGUGUCCAGUAGUUACACUCUCAAAUGCAGCCUUAGGAUCCAAGAAUGGAUUGAUCUUACUUUUAUUCAUAUAGAGAAAAUAGUUUGUUUUUCAAAUAGUAUAUCAGUUUGCAAAUGCCCUUCAGGAACGAAUUAAGUUAAAAACCUGAAGUUCCACCAUAUUUAUCUUUAUUUGUUUAUGUACUUAUUUUUUAUUAAUUUAUUAAUUUAUUUAUGUAUUUAUUUAUUAUCAAUAUUAGCAUAUCUGAUGCAGCUCCCAUUAUCAUACUCUGAUAUUGUCAUGGUUGCUCUUCCAUUUUUAUUAAUAUUUAUCUUUAUUUUUUACUUGUUAAUGUACUUAUUUUUUAUUCAAUUAUUAGUAAUAAAGCUUUUUCUUUCUUAACAUACCUGAUACACUACCCAUUAUUUUACUUUGAUAUUUUUAAUGUCAUGGUUGCUCUUCCAUUUUAUUCAAAUAAACUUACUUAACUUAGGCCUGAGGAAUUUUUGUCUAUCUGCUGGAUUGUAUUUUUGAUUAAAUUAUGUUCACAGUAUUUUCUCAAUUAAAAUCAGUUUGUCAUAUUUUCUUUUAAUUUGUAUUCAUUAUUUGCAAAUCAUUAAUGCUGAUAAUGCAUUCCAUUGCCUAAAUGUAAAUUAGUAGGAAGUAGGAUAUCUUAUCUCACUGGAUGCCCUGUGUGUGGAUGUGGCAGUCAAGUACAGUGGAACACUACCAUUCGUACACCUUGCUAAUGAUAAAACUUGCCAUUCGUCCAACUUUUUCACAUAAACAUAAACUUAUCAUUUGUAUGCUUGUCCUGUGAUACAUGCAGCGUUGCUUUGUUGCUGACCGAGUUAUACAUUCUUCACCAGUAACUUCCACAAGAAAGUGUUGGCCUGGUUCAAAUACGUCAGGCAGCACCACCUCGGACAUAUCAGGUCAAGAGCUACGCCGGAAAAAUCCUAGACACUAAGAAUUAAAAACGAAAUAGAAUGUAUCCUAAUAUGUAGUAGUUGCGCGUCAGCUUCAGUUCAGCAUCCCUCUGACCGUCACUCCCUCUACCAAACAUGGCCGUCGCCACCGUUGCUGCACUAGAACUGCAAGACAACCUCACCCUCGACAAGGACAUGGUGCUACAGGCGUCAAGGAACGAUCCUGUGUACCAAUUACUGCUGGCCAGGGUGCUGGCGGGUGACUGGCACCCACAGAGGUCCCAAGAGCUGGCAUGCCUGCGCCCCUUCUACAGCAUCAGGACAGGGAGAGGUUGGGGGUGUCGCGAGGCCUGGUGACGUAUGCCUUCCAUAGCAACCAUCCUCGCCUGGUGAUUCCGGACCUCCUACGCAAGCAGGUUGCAGCCCACCUCCACGCAGGCCACCAGGGCAUAGACUCGAUGCUCAGGAGAGCACGACAGGCAGUAUACUGGCCUGGCAUUGAGGGAGACCUGAGGCACUAUCGCACUAACUGUGACACGUGCAACACACACGCUGUCUCCCAACCCCCCGAGCCUCUUCUCUUCACUCCGCCCCCUGACUAUCCCUUUCAGCAGACUGUGGUGGAUUUGUUUCAGCUGGAGGGGCAUGACUACAUUGUCUACGCAGACAGGCUGAGGGGUUGGCUGGAGGUGUCUCACCUGCCUGAUGGCACAUAAUCAGGCAGAGUUAAGGACGUGCUGCGUCACCACUUCUUGAGAUGGGGUGCCCCAGAGCAGCUCUCCAUGGACGGAGGCACCAAUCUGGGGAGUGAGGAGAUGAAGAGCUUCCUCCAGAAGUGGGGGGUAGGUGUUCAGGUGUCCUCGGCGCACUUCCCACAGUCAAACGGAAGGGCAGAGGUAGCCGUGAAGUCUGCCAAGAGGAUACUAUGGGGAAAUGUUGGAGCUGAUGGCAGUCUUGACAACGAUAAGAUCUCUCUCGCUCUACUCCAGUACCUUAACACACCUCUACGGGGCAUCAAUAGAUCAGCAGCUCAGCUAGCAACAGGCUGCCAGCUACGGGAUGGAAUACCAUCAGUGAAAAGGAGACUUGAGGUUGACAAGUUUUGGGGAAGGACGCUGCGGCAGCGAGAACGUCAGAUGGUGCACCACCACGACAGAGUGGUGGCUGACAGGAGCGUCACACGCUCCCGCGCGCCCCUUGCACCUGGCGACAGGGUUCUCGUCCAGGACCACCAGCACGGCAGGAGGUGGAACAGAGCAGGCAUCGUCAUAGAGGCAAGGGACCACAGGCAGUAUCUCGUCAGACUUGACGGUGGUGGCCGCAUCUCCCUCAGAACGCGGCAACAUCAGAGGACAGCAGUUGCGGCGCCUCAAGCCUCUGACACUGAAGACCGGGCACCGCCGACUUCACUGCUAUCACUGUCCCCUCCCUUCCCAGCGCCCCAAAAGGAUGGUGAAGGGAGGCGCGCCAGGCAACCCCCGAGGUGGCUGAAGGAUUAUCUGUAAGAAGGUACAGAAGUAUCACAAGUGGUGAUAUUAGAUUGUGGACUUGUCAUUUAUUCAUGUUUUCUUUCAUGUUGCUUCUUUGCUGCUCCCAGGUUAUGUUUAUUUUAUUUAAGAACACUGUCACUGCAUUAGCCAGGGUUCUUAGCUUGUUGGGGGGGGAGUUCUAGGAUGUCAACCUCUGGCAUCUGGGGAGCAGCGCGGGAAAGCCUGUCCCCACAGCUUGGCCUUGGCGUCACCCAGUUCCUGGGUAGUAGCUUAGCUGUGAGGACGUGCCGGACCUGUAUCUCUGUUGGCUUGCCAAUAAAGGAAGAAAGAUG